CGUCCUCCCAAUCGCUCAGCACACCACCAAAAACCGUUAACUAACCUAAGACUGACGUGAUUUUGACAGGAGUAGACCUACAGGAAUUUACGCAUUGCUAUUUGUUGCGCAAUCAUACCAUUUCUUUGUCAAAUUUUUAACUUUUAAAAGUGGCCUACUCUUCGCUAUUUUUCUAGCAUGUUAUUACCCUUAUUUUAGCAUCGGGGAAUCCACUGCAACUUUUGAGAAAAGCAAGUGGUGCCUUGUGACAUUGUUAUUUUCGCUGUAGCACAUUGUGUUGGGUUGCAAGUUGCGCUUGGAUUGCUGCUUCUAUGGAAUCUUGGAAGUUCGUAUCAAGACCAGAACAACGAGGAUGCCAAGAGGAUACGCAGGGAGAAUCGGUUGAAGACAACAUUCAGACUGAAAACAGCACGGACCUUUUGCAUGAAUAGGCUACCUGCAAGACACACCUCUAUUGCCUAGGCUACUCAGAUUAAUUAGUGUUAGAUAAUGAAUAUCAUAUUGAUUUUAGACUGAAACAUAAUUUUCAUUACAUGCUGUGAAUUGAAGAAAACUAUCAGAGAAGAUUUUUUAUAUAGUCGAGUACCGUUCUCGGUAACCUAUAAUUUACAAUUUUCUGUAACAGAUCGCGUUCAAUUUUCAAUGUGCCAUCAGCCGGACAAUAUUGCUCCUGUAUGUGAUUGAAACAUAUACAAUCUUCUCUUUUUGCCUCGCUGAAAAGCGCAUAUUGAUUGUGUUGCGGCAUCAUGAUGGAGGAACAAGCCCGGAUAAUGCAGGCGCUCAGCGGCGUGACUCUGGCUGGCCAUUCGGUACAAGGAGGCAUGGGACUACCGCCGCCCCACGGACACGAGGGGACCGAUGGGGACGGAAGAAAACAAGAUAUUGGGGACAUUCUUCAUCAAAUAAUGACAAUUACCGACCAAAGUCUGGACGAGGCGCAAGCAAAGAAACAUGGAUUGAACUGUCACAGAAUGAAACCCGCGCUCUUCAGCGUUCUCUGCGAAAUCAAAGAGAAAACAGGUCUCAGUAUCCGGGGUGCUCAGGAGCAGGAUCCUCCGGACCCCCAGCUCAUGAGGCUGGACAACAUGCUGCUGGCUGAGGGCGUGUCCGGGCCAGAGAAAGGUGGUGGAUCUGCGGCCGCCGCGGCAGCAGCCGCUGCAGCAGGGGGCGGAGCCGAGAACUCCAUUGAACACUCGGACUACAGGGCCAAGCUGACGCAAAUCAGACAGAUUUACCACACAGAGCUGGAGAAAUAUGAGCAGGCGUGUAAUGAGUUCACCACCCACGUGAUGAACCUGCUGAGGGAGCAGAGUCGCACUCGGCCCAUCUCUCCCAAGGAGAUCGAGCGCAUGGUGGGGAUCAUCCACCGUAAGUUCAGCUCCAUCCAGAUGCAGCUCAAACAGAGCACCUGUGAGGCAGUCAUGAUCCUACGCUCCAGGUUCCUCGACGCCAGACGGAAAAGGCGGAACUUCAGCAAGCAGGCCACGGAGAUCCUGAACGAGUACUUCUACUCACACCUCAGCAACCCUUACCCGAGCGAGGAGGCCAAGGAGGAACUAGCAAAAAAGUGCAGCAUCACUGUGUCCCAGGGUGUGGGAACCACCAUCACAGUGUCACAGGUGUCCAAUUGGUUCGGCAACAAGAGGAUCCGGUACAAGAAGAACAUCGGCAAGUUCCAGGAGGAGGCUAACCUCUAUGCAGCCAAGACAGCGGUGACAGCAACCCACGCUGUGGCAGCAGCCAUCCACAACAGCCAGGCCAACUCACCCACCACGCCCAACUCUGGCUUCCAGAUGAAAGAUGAGGAAUUUCAACUGGACUCUGCCGAGAGCAAAAACUCCCUUUUAACCAACAUGUUCACCGCCGGUUCCUCUGCCUCUUUUAGCCUCCCUAACUCUGGGGACAUGUUCAUGAGCAUGCAGAGUCUGAAUGGGGCCUCUUACCAGGGGGCUCAAGUCGGAGCUAAUGUGCAGUCACAGGGGGAUACCAUACGCCAUGCUAUCAGUCAGACGGUCGGAUACAAUGAUGGGCUACGGCACCCCAUGUACAGUCCUCACAGUCUAAAUGGUAACGGGGGAUGGCACGGUGCACCUACUCCCUCCUCAGUGACGUCCCCAAACGAAGGGCCAGGCAGUGUGCACUCUGAUACCUCAAACUGACCACCUCACUGAUCGUCUCUUUUCCGCCUAAUAUGCUACCGUGCCCUCGACCAAUGUGACUGAACCAAACAGAACCAAUCACCUCCCUCGACUGAGUCUAACCCCUCCCCCUUCACUCCAGACAAUGUCGGCCAUUUUGUAAAAUCCCAUCCAAUAACCUUCACAGUCAAGACUGAUAUGAUUGGAUACAGCUUUUAGCAACAUUUUUCUGAAUAUAAAUAUAUAUUAACUGACAGACUGACGAGUUGGGGUUCUGAAUGGGAAGUCUAGAGAAGAUAACAGUAGAUUUAUUCAAGUAAAAACUGAAGACCGUGCAUCUCUCUCAACCCUCCAGAUCUACUCUUUUGACCCCUUUUUGUUCUCUAUUUGGCCAACUAAGACUGAAGGCAACAUACAUGUAGUCCAAUGGAUUUUCUUCUGCCAGUAUCCCUAUACAACUGUUGUGGGGACAGCGGAAUCCUUUGAAGUUGCAGGUGCCCAACUGACGGAAGGUUAGCUUGCUGCAAUGCUUCAAUGGACUUAGGAUGGCUGCACCUCUAGUGGGCUCUUUUGUUUUUCUGAUACUAACAUCCCGGAUUUAACAUUGUUUUGGGGAUUGACACGAUGAAGGACAUUUAAAAACGGCAGCUUUUUUUUGUUGUUGUCUUGCUCUUAUUCUCCAACAUGAGUCCUCUUGCUGAACAUGAAUUUCUACACCUUUUAUUGGACACUGUGCAUUCUGUUUCGAAUGGAUAUAAUUCAGUCGUUUGAUAGUAUUCACUCCGAUACUGUCCCAAAUUCAUAUUUAUAUGAUCAUGUGUCACCAUAUCUAUACAAAUGACAUGUACUAAUAGUAAUACCAUUUGAGGAGUUCCCCGAGAAUUGUGUGUCAAAACAGAGCUGUAAUGAUUUACCUCAUGAAAAUGACGUCACCAUUUCAAACAGAUUUUUAGUAACUUAGAGUGCUACCUCUUCUUAACCUCAUCACUAGCAUCUGACUAUUCUAAAUCUCCAUUUUACGUUUGUUUUACAUGUCUUGUAAUUAUCUCUUGUACUUUUGAUCUUGUUGGGUGGGGUGGGGGGGAUUGCUGCAUUAUUGCAACUUUACUAAAUGCCAGAUUAACGCUUAGCAGUAGUGUUUAGUUAAAGAACAAAAGGUACAUUUGAGCCAUUCAACCAAACUAGGAGGCCGCUACGGUACUAGCUUCCCAAAGAGCUAGUCACGUGAUGCAUUUUAUGGGAGUGUAUUAAUUGAACAUGAUCCAUAAAUGUCAGUGGUGGAAUUUACUAGAAGCCUGUAUGGAUGUGAAAGGUGACGUAUCUCCCCCCACCCACCCAACCCCCAUUUCCACUUGUGGGAAUACAGGCUGUGGGGGUACAAAGACACAUGUACGGUCAUACACACCUCACAGUAUUCCCACAAGGGGAAAUAAGCCACUUUCUAUUUUUUUUUUACAUGUAAGAAACAUGUAUGUUCGCCACCAAACAGUGAAACUGUUGUAAAUACCCGAAGAACAUUUUGAAUGUUGCUGAUUUUGUUACUUAUCAUCCUUUAAAUAUAUGAAUGAAAAGACAUAGAGGUCUCAGUUCCCAAAUCUGUGUAUUUCAGACUCUGUUUCACAGCUAUGUUUUUCUUGCUUCACCUCUUUUUCUUUUGUAUCAUGGCCAUUUUGAAACUGAAUGAAGUCCUGAUAAAAAAAAAAAAAUCUUUAAAAAAUAUUUGUGGCAGUGGUCCUAAUGUAUUAAAUAUGUUUAAUUUGUAACCGCACUCCGUGGAGGAUUCGGACCCCAAAACGAGUCCUCUGUGCUAGUUUGUGUAGUUUCAAACACAAAAAAAUAAACUUUUGCUUUAA